GAGGUCAAAUCCACCUCCAAGGUCGUUCCCCAGCGCAUGUCGCCCUCUGACUUCCUGGACAAGCUCAUGGGGCGAACCUCGGGGUACGACGCUCGCAUCCGGCCCAACUUCAAAGGUCCCCCGGUCAACGUGACCUGCAACAUCUUCAUCAACAGCUUCAGCUCCGUCACUGAGACCACCAUGGACUACCGAGUGAACGUCUUCCUGCGCCAGCAGUGGAAUGACCCCCGGCUGGCCUACCGGGAGUACCCGGACGACUCCCUGGACCUGGACCCUUCCAUGCUGGACUCCAUCUGGAAGCCGGACCUGUUCUUCGCCAACGAGAAAGGGGCCAAUUUCCACGAGGUGACCACGGACAACAAGCUCCUGCGUAUAUUCAAGAAUGGGAACGUGCUCUACAGCAUCAGGCUGACGCUCAUCCUGUCCUGCCCGAUGGACCUCAAGAACUUCCCCAUGGACAUCCAGACAUGUGCAAUGCAGCUGGAGAGCUUUGGCUACACCAUGAAUGACCUCACGUUCGAGUGGCUGGAAGAUGCCCCUGCCGUCCAAGUGGCCGAAGGGCUGACCCUCCCCCAGUUUAUCCUGCGGGAUGAGAAGGAUCUGGGCUACUGUACCAAGCACUACAACACAGGGAAGUUCACCUGCAUCGAGGUCAAGUUCCAUCUGGAACGACAGAUGGGCUACUACCUGAUCCAGAUGUACAUCCCCAGCCUGCUCAUCGUCAUCUUGUCCUGGGUCUCCUUCUGGAUCAAUAUGGACGCCGCCCCCGCCCGGGUCGGGCUGGGCAUCACCACGGUGCUGACCAUGACCACCCAGAGCUCGGGCUCGCGGGCCUCCCUGCCCAAGGUGUCGUAUGUGAAGGCCAUCGACAUCUGGAUGGCCGUGUGCCUGCUGUUCGUCUUUGCCGCCCUGCUGGAGUACGCGGCCGUCAACUUCGUCUCCCGCCAACGCAAGGAGAGCGGACGCCUCCGGCGAAGACGGCGACGCCAGCGCAUGGAAGAGGACUUGGCCCGGGAGAGCCGCUUCUACUUCCGAGGCUACAGCCUGGGUCACUGCCUGCAGGGACGGGACAGGGGGCCCCUGGAAAGGUCCGGCCUCUACAGCGGCCCCCUCCCACCAUCCGCCCUGCUCCCAAGGGAAGGUGACAGCGCACACAGGCGUUACGUGGACCGGGCCAAGAGGAUCGACACCGUCUCCCGGGCCGUCUUCCCUUUCACCUUCCUCAUCUUCAACGUCUUCUACUGGGUCGUCUAUAAGGUUCUGCGUUUGGAGGCUGGCCGCCUGGGGCUCUGAGCGGUGGGCGGGAGGCGCCCCGGCCCCUUCCUUGGCCCCGGUGGGUCCUGGCACCCCAAAAUCUGGACUUCCAGCCUCCAGAGGACUCUUGUCGUCCCAGACCUGCCCUGCCCCGCUGUGGCCUCCACCCUCUGGCCCAUGCCUGACCCUGACCUGACCCACCCCAUGGUCAGGGUGCUCUGAGCUUCCGGACUCAGGGGGGGUCUCCACCCUCCUCUCCUAGCUCCCUGAUGUGGGACUACUGUAGAGACUGGCAUUCUGGCCCGCUAGAUACCACCAGACCAGCCUGAUGUGGCAUCUGGGGCUUCCGGGCCCUUCACUCAUUGCUCCAGAACGUGAUCAGUGCCCAGGCACAGAUGUUGCCUUUCCCAUCCCAGCCGUGGCCCGCUGUCACAGGGUCGAGUCCCCACCUGUGCUGGGGAAGGGCAGAGCCUCCAGUGAGGACCUCCAGGCUAGUGCCCAGACAGCUGAUCCUACCACCCACAACCCAAGCCCCCAAGCUCGAUAGGCACCCCCCAGAUGACCAGAGAGCAGCUCUCUUCCUCACCCAGGUGGACCCUGCCCACUGUCACUCAGGAACUUGGAUCCCCCACCUCUACCAGGCUGAAGUCUCAGAGGGGGCGGCCCCUUGUAUGAAACACUCUUGCUUAGAGCCUGGCAUGGGAGCCUGGCCCUGAAAUGGCAGCCAAGGCAGCUGUCUUCUGCCUCACGAAUGUGGGCUCUGACCUCCUGGGCCUCACCCAGCGUAGCCCUAGCCCUUCCAGGGAUGGAACGACACCCCCGCAGCUUUGAUGCCCAUCUCAGGCUCCAGCAGCCGGGCACUGAGGGCCAAGGGUGGCACAAGGUAAGAUGUGCCAAGCUGCCUGCUCAUCCUGAAGAGGAUCAUAGGACAGAUGGUCGUCACUAAAUCCGGCAGCGGCCCGGUUUCGUUGAGAUAAUCAGUCCCUUGGACUCCCUUUCAGCACAGUUUCCAAUUCAGAAUCAAUAAAGAGGCUGCUUGGGUUGAUGUGGGACCUACAACUUAAACCAAGGGUCUGUCUGCUCUCGCUCUGCCUC